AUUAGCUUUACUUUGAACUCAGUCUUAGUUCAACGGUCAUACCAAACGGGGUGUCCUACUAAAGCUCUUAAAAGAGCCGAAAUUUAAUCUCUUUUUAUUUAGGUCUGUCGGAGAAGAGAUGCAGCAGGCACGCACUGCACGACUAUCUACCCACCGUGAUACACUGGCAUCUCUGUCGUCAGCUUCUACUAGCCAGAAUGGUAAUACUACCAAAAAAUUCCCAAGGGCAAAAUCAGCAAGUUGUUGGUAAAAUUUCCAAUAAAAAAAUCAAAUUUGAAGGAAAUAGCGUUGCCGAUGACUUUUCUGAUGAAGAACAGGCUCCAUGGGCAAAUUUUCAAUCAUUCUCGCCACGUAAGAUGAGCUGGAUGUUGCAGAAAACGUUUGCCGAAAGUAGAGAAAACCGAAGAAUGAUCAACGAAAUGCAAGAAGCCGCACGUGUAAGGGAAUCUGCCGAAGACUACCAUGCAGAAUUUAGUGAUUGCUGGAACUAUGCACCCAAAUCUAAACAACUUCCAAGAUAUCCACUGUUCACCAUGGAUUCGCUGGAAGAAGUGGAAGAGGAAUUGUCUUCAGAACCUAAUGCUGGCUUGCGUUUAAUGAAUUACGAGCUGCUACUUUUACCUCAUCCUGAUGCACAGCAAUUCUUAUUCAACAUUCUCAAUUUCUUGCUGCAUUCGGAUUUGGCUACUGAGUUCACCUAUACAGGGAAAGUAACUCAAAACAGUUUUAAAUCUCUUCAUUUAUGUGAAGUCAUUAAAAAAACAGUAAGAAAAAAGUUUCCCAAUACCGAAGAAGCAUUCUUUGCAGAUCGUAUUGCUAAUUGGUUGUCGAGAUGCAAGAAAAAAUACGCGAAACGAAGUAACAAGCAAAACAAACAGUUUUAAAAUUUGGUUUUAAGUUUAAUUUUAAUACGUUUACUGUUUUAAUUACGUGUCAUUAUCGAGGUCAAACAAAAU